AUGAGGAGCUUAAUCUUGGUCCUUGUGGUCCUUGUCUUGCUCUCCUAUGUUCCACCAGUUAGAAGUGGAGUGAAUGCAUAUGUAAGAAGCCUCUUUUCUUCAUGCUGGCGAAGGAAAGGUUCUUGCAGAAGGACAUGUCGCAAAAAAGAACAAUAUCACAUUUUUUGUGAUAGUCAUUUUCUGUGUUGUGUAAACCCAAAAUUUUUACCUGUUAUAGUUGGGAAAUAG